AUUUCCGGCCAGCUCAGCGUACGGAGGAGUGUUGUGUAGCUGUACUCAAGACACAGACAUUGUACAGCUGUUAACUGCUUCAUAUACACCUGCUGUGGGUAAAUUUUACAUUACAGCAAAAUGGUGCUGCUGACAAUGAUCGCGCGGCUGGCGGACGGACUGCCGCUGGCGGCUUCAAUGCAGGAGGACGAGCAGGGAAGUGAAAAGAUGGGUCGAGAUCUCCAGCAAUAUCAGAGCCAAGCCAAACAGCUCUUUCGCAAAUUAAAUGAACAGAGUCCAAACCGGUGCACCUUAGAGGCUGGCUCCAUGGCCUUUCACUACGUCAUAGAGAAAGGCGUUUGCUAUCUGGUGCUCUGUGAGGCCGGGUUUCCUAAAAAGCUAGCCUUCGCUUAUCUCGAAGAUCUGCAGGCAGAGUUUCAUGAACAGCAUGGCAAGAAGGUGCCCACGGUCUCCAGGCCCUACUCUUUCAUAGAGUUCGAUACAUACAUUCAGAAGACCAAAAAGUCUUACAUCGACAGCAGAGCACGCAGGAACCUGAGCAACAUCAACACAGAGCUACAGGAUGUACAGAGAAUCAUGGUGGCCAACAUAGAAGAAGUUCUGCAAAGAGGGGAGGCCUUAUCUGCAUUGGACUCAAAGGCCAGCAACUUGUCCAGCCUUUCCAAGAAAUACAGAAGCGACGCCAAGUACCUGAACACUCGCUCCACAUACGCUAAGCUAGCUGCGGGUGGAGUCUUCUUCAUCAUGCUGAUCGUAUACGUGCGCUUCUGGUGGCUGUGAGGUGCGGGAUGUGCGGAGGGAAGAGGGGCUCUUGAGAAAGUCACGGGUGAAAAGCAGACGGACUCUCACACGACGACAAGUUCACGUUGUGUUUUAAAGCCACAGCUUGUUCUUAAAGACUGUUGGAUCUGGCAUUUUCCCUCCUAACAGGCUGUUAAGUCCCUAACCUGAUCCUCACCGCUAUCUGUUUUAUGAACUACACAGAAGUUUGUCUGCACUUGUUUGGAGUGUGAACGAAAGAGAGAAAGCGUCUUUUUUUUUCCUGUAUGCUGUAUGUCUUUGUGAUAUCCCUCCGUUGAUGGAAAUUAAUCUUAUAUACUGUAUAACAGUAUACUGUAAAGCAGCAGUGCAUCCAAAAAAGGUGAAUUGAUAAUUCAUUAACAGAAGUAUGUUAAUUCAGAUUUGUAGUUUUAGCACAUUGUGGGUUGGAUCACUUCCACUGGACACUUAAUUCUCCUCAUGCUAUGGCUGUUAGGUUCAGCCAGGGGAAUAAACGUAAAGCAAGCUUGUGGGUCAGCUGUAAUAAUAAAGCUUUGGUCCACCCAAUGAUUUAGCAUAGAAUGAAUAAUUGUAACUGUCUGCCCAUUUAGGCUCUUAUCUAAACCUGACGCUUAAGAAUUCAACUUGUAUCUCUUAAAGCCUUAAAAUGGAGUGGCUGAUUAAGUCUUAGUUUGAAUUCGUCUCUUGUACACUUGUGACACAUUUACACCAAACAGAUCAUUUGGAUUGUUUUCUUGGUGCAAAAGUUGCCCAACAAGCAGCACUUGCACUGCAGCGAGGAGGUCUGUGGUCAUGUCCAGUUACUCAAUCCGGACCAGAUCGUUGAAAUUAGUGUCAGGGGUGGACUGACACUUUUUUUUUUUUUUUUUUUUUCUUAGAAAAACAGAGAUUUGGGAUAAAUGCAAUCUAGAAACUACAUACACCUGUAUCUGUGGUCCUGCCUCGUGCACGGUUGCAGAUAUAUGGCCCGGGUUCCUACAGCUUUCUCUUUCAGUGUUUACAUGAAUCUGUAUUUUACAUGCAUUGAAGAACUUAACCCACAGUAACUUAUCAGACACCCAUGUACCAACUGGAUGAGGUCGGGAUGCUCAUCAGAAGAGUUUGUUGGUCUCACCAAACCUACAGUAUAAAUAAAAUCAUUUAAACUCAA